CACUAACUGAUUACUCUCAACUAAGUGAUAAUAAAACCAAUAAAUCUACAAAUUUUUGAAUCGAGUGUUAUUCGUCACAAGCACACUAAAACUUGAAUUUUGACGAUGUACCUACGAUUUUUGUUUUUUGUGGCUACUGUGCUAGCCACUUUGGCCCACGCAAAUCCGAAACAAGCAAUAGACCCGUACGAUUUAGAAGACCAAAUCAGAGAACAGCUUGAAAAUCUGCGAUCGACUGUUAGAGGAGCAAUUUUUGCAUCAUUUAAUUCCAUUGAUACUAUAGUCAGAGACGUAUACUAUUUUCGAAAUGACGCUAUGAGUGCUGCGGAGAUAGCAAUUCAACAAGAAUAUCAGGCUUUUACCACGCAGGUUACUACACUUAAAGACUUAGCGCAAUCAGCUGGUUACAAUGUUGACAUCUGCUUGCAAAUCAAUGAACCUCUCUUAGAUCAGUUGCCUCAAGAGAUUAUCGACACAUUGAUGGAAUGUUUAGCCUUCGCAAACCUCGAAGUCACGAUCAUUCAAAAUGAUUCCAGAUACAGAAUUGACAUAUUAAUGAAUGAAGUAAAUGUAUUUGAUUUUCAGCUUGAUUUGUGUGCGGGAGAUUUUCUGUGUAUGUCACCACUAGUUGAAGCUAUUGAGUUAGCGUUGGUUAAUAUACCUCAGAAAAUUGGACUUAUCGUACAAGAAGCUGGAGAUCUUGCAGAAGAUUUGAAAGUGCUGAUAAAAGAGUGCACAGAUGCUAAAGUUGCACAGUUUGUCACGGAAGGUGGUAUAGUUGUGUCUGACAUAUCAGACUGCAUUGAUAACAUAAUGUCUUAAAAUAUUCUUGAUUUAUUUUGUAUUGUUGUAUUAUCAUUCAUAAAAAAAUAAAAAAGUGUUUAAAUUUAUUACAAAA